AGGUGCUUGACAGCUUUGUUUUGUAAAGUAGAAAAAUAACUUUGGAAAAUAAAAAAAUGUUAUUCUUUGAUUACUCAAUUAUCAUAUUAAUUAUCUAACUGCAAAUCCGUGUUCAACAAAAAGUAAACAGUUGGCGUGCAGAUUUAUAGAAAGUAUCGUAUUUGUACCGUUUUCUUCACAACGUAUUCAUACCGUUAGGUUCUUUAUUUAUGAAUGUGGGAAUCUUCAAUAGAGUCAACAGCAAAGUCAAGGAAGAGGACGGAAUGUAUUCAGAGUGGAACUCCCUGCCUCUUGAAGGUGGGGGAAGAGGUGUGCUGGGCGCGGUUGGGGGUAAAGACGUAGUGCUAGCCGUGGUGAGACAGCUUGCUUCCCACCAGCCCAGCCCUCUCACUACUGAUGCAGAGGUGGAAUGGGUGCUAGAAGUUAUACGCUACGGUCUCUCCCUGCCUCUGAGCGAGCAUGAGGCCCUGCGUGACUGUGUGCGCGUGUGCUGCUCGUGGCUGGCCGCCCUACUGCCCCCCGCCGCCCCCGCGCAACCGCCUCCCCCCGCCGUUCCGCCGCCACUGGCUGCGGAGCCGCAUCGAUAUGCCAAUAAGAUACUGAACCACUUGCAUAAUCUGUUCGUGCCGAGGCCUAAUGAAACACUUGCAUUCAUCUAUCAAACGGAAUUGGGUGGUAACCUCAUAAGCAAGCAAGCUGUGCUUUGCCAUCGCGUGCUUCGACUAGCACGCUCGCUGGCCGACAGUGCUAACCUCGGGUCUCGCGAGUGGAAGUCGCUACUACUGUUGCUACUAGCCGCGGCCGCCGCGCUGCUAGCGCCGCCCGCACCUCUGUACGGCGCGGCAGAACAGUUGUGUGAGCGAGUGCUGUGCGUGCUGUUUGAAGUGUGGAUACUGGCGUGUCACAGAUGUUUCCCCGGGCCGGCGCUGUGGCGCACGCUGCGCGAGCAGUGCGUGCGCUGGCGGCACCGCGCGCCGCUCACGGAGCAGUGGGCGCGCGUGUCGCUCUGCCUCACCGCAAGGCUGCUCGCCCACAUGUACGGCCCGCUCUACCCGGCUAUGCCUAUCAGCGAAGAAGACGCCAACUUGGUGCCGGCAGACAUGGGCGCGGAAGCCGUGAUGCAGAGCUGGUACCGCAUCCUGCACACCAUCGGCAACCCCGUGGACCUAACCAAACCACAUCUUAUCAGUCACACGCCCGAGUUCCUUCAGUACUGGAUGACGGCGGAGGAGGGCAAAGAGGGUAAUAAAGAAGGACGCGAGGCGUGGGUGGGGGCACUGGCGCACAUCUUCCACCGCGCCAUGCUGGGCCUGGCGGCGCACGUUGACGCCUUCCUAGGGCGCAGCACGGAGCGCUGGCUGACGGAGUCGGCGGGGGGCGGCGCGGGGGGCGCGAACACCCCGGGGGGUGCGGAGGAGGGGGAGGUGACCCCCCCGGCGCACCGCCGCCUCGCCAAGUCCUUCAGCUCCGCGAGGCCGAGGGACAAGCCGCCUGAGAAAAGUACACCUCGCUCAUCGCUAAUAGGACUAUCAAGUCGACCUUCCAGCGUCGUACCAACCACGCCACCAAAUUCUAUCACUUCCCAAGUAGGCGACACAGAAAAGCCGCCCUUGACGCCUUUACGGCCCAAAGUGAACAGUAUCUUUCAUCUGUUCGGUGAAUGGCUGUUCGAGGCAGCUUUAGUAGGAACCACGCCUGCUAACAAUAUUCCACAAAGGGCAGAAGGCACACCGCCGCCACCUUCCCUCGCUGACGCUACACAAAAACUCAGUAUGAUCAGCUACCAAGCAGGUCGCGCCGUAGCUCUAGGUACUCUAUGUCGAGUGAUUUGCUCGAAGCAAUGUCGGGAAGAAGUUUUGGCGCCCUACCUCGCUCGCACUUACGCGGCUCUACAACGCGGACUAAGAGACCCCGCCACAGCCGCCGCUGUUGUUUUGGACGCUGCUGAUAUAUUCAGAUUAGAUUUAGAUGGUGUGUUGGUCCUAGUACCAGACUUCAUAACUGCACUGGACCGCAUCCUAUCCGAGCGGGAGCCGAAGUUGGAAUGCGGUCCCAUAGACAAGCGGGAGCUGCGCAAGGCGGCUAUCAGCCUGCUAUUGUCUCUGGUUGCCUUCCCUUAUCAUUACAAGGGGUUGGCUGUUCCGGAGUUUCCUGGCUGCAAUGAGUACGGCGGCAUGACGCUAGGCGAGUACGCGCGCGGCAGGCUGUCUCUAGUCUGCGUAUCGGCCGUCCAAGUGGAGAGUUCAGAAGCGUUGGCCGUGCCGCUUCUAAGCGCUUUGUACCUCUGCGUGCGACAUAACGCUUGCGUCACCACUACUAAGGUACACAGCGCGCCCCCUGGCUCCACUGUGUCUCACGCUUCGGACUAUAAAGCACGGUCGGAUAGCAGCGGGCCGGCGAGCGCGGAAGGCUCGCAGGACGACUUCGCAGCCGACGUUAGGGAGCUAGACCCAUCUUCGCCUGUUUUCGGGGCGGCAUUAGUGGUACGCGCGACGUACUUGGUGUGCCAUAGGCUGAUAUCCUCGUGGAAGGGGGAUUUGCAAGUUUCGCUCGCUGCCUUGGAACUUCUAUCGGGGCUCGCCAAACUGCAUUCGUCCAAACCUGAGUUUAUGAUAGACGCGAUUGAGCGCAAACGUGCAGUGCGUUGGAUCUGCGACUACAUCGGCGUGCAGUGCGGUCGGCCGCCGCAGGCGCACUCGCGCGACCUACACUCGUGCGUCGUGGCCGCGUACACUUGCCUCGCGUCGUGGCUGUGUGCGCCUCUACUAGCUGACCCCGACUGCCUCGCGGCGCUGCUCGAGGUCGUUGAGCUGGGCAUCUCCGGCUCCAAAAGCCAGGGGAAACCCGGCGAAACGCCCAAAAUGAAGGAUGAAAAGGAAUUGAAACCUGUAUCAAUGCGUGUGAGAGAUGCUGCCGAAUCUUUGUUGAUGUUGAUUUUGGAACAGGUAGGAACAAGCGACGGCGGUAAAUGGUGCCGACUGGACGAGCGUUGGCUGUCAGCGUUGGGCCACGGGAAGCUCCGGCAUUUCGUGGCCGACGGAAACACGUUGUUAUCCCUGUUGGAAGAGCCGCUUGCGAACAGCCAAGAACCACAGCCUACUAUUGUUGUAAUCAUUCGCUGCGGCUGGGGUCGCUUCGCCUGGUCCCUCAGCAGCCGCGGGGCGCCGCGGUGUGCGGGGCGGGGAGGCGCGGCGUGUGCGCGGCCCGUGCCCAUGCUGGAGCCCCCUCCCCGCGCGCCGCCUGCCUGCCUGCCGCUCCCCGCCGCGCCGCCCUGUGCUGUUGACGCAGCGUUCCCCACACUUGACGCGGUGUUGCGGCAGCUGAAUGACCCAAAAGCUCCCACGCUCUUCAGGCUUCUAGAACAACAGGCUGCCAUCGAGAAACGAGUGAGAGAGAGCGAAGAAAAUGUUAUGCCUGAAGAAUACGUGCCGCCUGAACCUGUAACCGAGUUCCAGACUGCGAGAUUGUUCCUCUCACACUUUGGAUAUUUGAAUAUCGGAGGAGACAAAAAGGGUAACUUGCCUCGCCUGACUGCAUUGGACAGUUCAGCCGUAGGGUUCUCAGCUGCUCUAAGGCGGCUAGAUGCUACGGGCAAUCGUGCGGCGCUCACUGUACACGUGAUGUACGCGCGAGCAGGACAGCGCAACGCGGCGGACAUCAUCGCCAACGCGACUGGUGAUGCCGUCUCGCCUGCCUUCGUGCGGAUGCUGCGCGGGUUGGGCACCCCAGUUCGCGUACAAGGUCACGCGGGCUGGACUGGUCACGUCCGCAGCAGUUACGACGCGCAACCCCGCCUGCCCUCCGACCCGCCGCCGCCGCCCCCGCAACACCCCAUGACGCCCAGUAUUUACGACGGCAGAGAACAGGUACUGUACUGGUCGGAUUCGACGGACGAGAUAGCGUUUGUGGUUCCGUCGGGCCACGAGCUCGGCGAGGCGGACGACCAGAGUGACAGCAUCAAGUGCGACGUGGACGGCUCCUGCCUUUCUGUCAAUAAGGGGUCAGAAAAAGCGGGCGGCUCAUGGUGGGACGUAUCCAGCGGAGGGAGCGGAGUGAGCUACGAGCGGAGCGUGAGCGAGAGCGAGCGCGGCGAGCGACGAGCGCUCGACAAGACUCGCGCUCUGUCGCUUGAGCUAGACCGUCCCGCACCGCCGCUCUCAGGCAGUGGACGGCGCAACAGAGAUUUCACACCGAAGAUACUUAUUAUAUGGUUAGAAGACUUUGAGGACCACCUCAAUUUGCCGAUCGAUGACCUGGUACGGUACUGUGAAACGGGCGUGCCAUGGCGGCGCCACGAAACCAGCGUGCUGUGUGUGAGCGGUGUGCGAGCGGGGCUCGUGAGGGUGCGGGUGGGGGGCGCGGGCGGCGCGGGGGUGUUGGCUGACGGGGCGUUACUGGCUCCGCGAUUAUUGCCCGACUGUCUGCGUCGCGCCGCGCGCUUCCUGGCCCGACGCGCUCGUCUUAACACUGACUUGUACCAGCCUCCGCACGUGCGCAGGCGUCACCUCAUCCAGGACAUCGCACAGCAGUUCAAGAAGGACCUCUCCGAGCCCGAACUGCUGGAGUCACUGUUUAAGGCGCCUUAAAUCAAACGCACCGCUUUAGUGGACAGACAUAGACUGGAGGACCGGACGGCAGAAGAUUUUGAAUUUAUCAAUUCAAUUUAAUACUUAUCCAAUCGAAAUAAAGUAAAUACUUCAAGGCUCGGUUCUCCAGAGAAAACACGCGCUGCGAUGCUCCGAAGUCAACCGCGUCAAGUCAAGACAAGAUGCGCAUGCGCGCUCUAACUUAGGCUGCAUCUAGCAGGCCUGAUUGCAGCCAGGCGCUAGUCUAUAAAUAAAUAAAAAAUGAUUUUAAAUAGUAUUAAACAUGGAUCAAGCACUACCUACUUGAAGCAAAUACCUACUUAUCGCUAUCCCGGACGAGAGCGAGAGAUCGAUUUCACCACACGGCUCUCGCUCGGCACCACCAGCAACACCAGUGGUGUUGCUUCAAGUAGGUUACAGUACUACCACUUUUAUAAGUUACCCCGAUGUACUUGCGCAGAAAUCCUAUUUUUGAAUGACG